CGAGCCGCGCGGUGGCGCACUCCCCCAGUUAUCUUUCCAAGUGGUAGGUCGAUCUCCGAGGAUCGAGCGGCGAUACGAUUUUGUAAAACAGCUGAAGUUUUGUCGCCAAAAUGUCACAUCAAUGUGCCGUGUAUGGCUGCUCAAACGACCGUCGUUAUCCAGAAAGGAUGAAGGUGAUGCCCCACGUGUAUCAACAUAUGGGUCAGACUGAUCGAGUCAAGUUUUAUAGAUGUAAGCUUCAGUUUCAUUCAAAGUGGACAAGACUUAUCAAGAGACAAGACUUCAAAGUAAAUAAAAACACUGUAGUUUGCAGUAAUCACUUCAAAUAUGGGCAACCCCGACUAUGCGAACAACACCCAACAGAAUACCUCAGAGGUUGUAACAACACUACCACUAGGUCUACUAGACGUCCCUCAUCCAAGAAAAGAAAAACCCCAUCGCUCAAAUCUGCACCCCCAAGGACAGAUCCUUGCGGCGAUGUGAUCGCAAAACCUUCUCUGCUAGGGAUGUGUAAAGCUGGCUUCACACACGAUCAUAGUAUGUAUACCAGUAGUGACGGUGGUCAAUCAUGUCAAAGGACAGGUCUAGUUCAAGGCCCAUGUUCUGACUCUGAAUCAGCCCUUCAAAAGUUGAGACGUAAAAACGCAGAGUUACAAAGAGAACUUGAAGACAUGAAAGAGAAACAAAGAAGAACCAAGAUGACAUCACAAAAGCAUAGCGGUUCAAAGUCAAAGUGCUUUAGUAUUGAUGACAUCAAGAAUAACGAACGUUUGAUGAAGCUGUACACAGGAUUACAGUCGUAUGAAGCGUUUAUGUGUGUUUUCGACCAUGUCAAAUUAAAAAUGGGAAGACUGCAUUAUUACAGCGGAAGCACAUCGCAUAAAACAAAAUGCUGGCAAAAAACAGGUGCUGCAGAGAGAGAACUUUCAAUGAAGGAUGAACUCUUACUGACACUCAUGAAACUUCGUCUAAACCUUGUUGAUGAAGAUCUAGCAUUCAGAUUCUGUGUCAGAACGUCAGUCGUUUCAAACAUAAUUUCAACUCUUCUUCCAUUUCUUGCUAAUGAGCUUAAAAGUCACCAAACAUUUGCAUAUGAUUUCCCGUUAGGGCCGAGUUGACUCGGGAUCGGGACCUAGAUAAUUUGGGUCGCGUUAGUUGGGUAUCGAGUUGACUUGGGACAGAGUUGACUUAGGACCUAGUUGGCUUUGGACUGAGUUGACUUGGGACUGAGAUGACUUGGGACUGAGUUGACUUGGGACUGAGUUGA